GUCAUUUAACUCACCUGGAGUUAGCUCUCUUGACUGUGUGUGAUACGUGUGUGAUACUGUUGUCCUUUUGCACAUGGAUUCACCUCUUGACUUCCGAACAGGCUAGCUCUCUUGACUUCCGAACAGGCUAGCUCUCUCGUUUUCCUGACAGUGUAACACCAGACAAUGAUACCGAGUGUCCUCCAUACUCGCUGUCCUACACUACGAUAAGAGAUUGUAUACACACACCGCUAACUAACACGGGCCUUUCGACGAUCUGUGCUCAUGCAAGCUGUCACAAAGGUUAAUGUUACGGCAUAUUAUCAGGCGACUAUCAGUUCGGCAGCUCCGGUAUACCGGCAGGCACGUAUCACAGACUCUGAACAACCAGCGAACCAUGGCGAGUUUAAAUAAGUCUUUCACUGACCCUUCAACGAAGAAGUUCUUGGAAGAUUUCCACAGACUAAUGAUCAACGAAGCAUUAGAGGAGGGGGAGAAUGUGAACAGUAAAGUCUGUAACUUCGUACAGCCCGAGGAAUUAGAGAAAUUACUCGAUCUGGACAUUCAAGAUGGACCUACUUCUGACGAAAAGUUAUUGGAGUUGAGUGGUGAUUUGAUAAAGCAUAGUGUUAAAACAGGUCAUCCGCGGUUCUACAACCAGCUGUACAGUGGUAAGGAUCCAUACAGUAUGGCAGGGGCGUGGCUCACUGACGCUCUCAGCACUAACCUGCACACGUAUGAAGUAGCUCCUGUUUUCGUCGUCCUGGAGAAAUACAUGAUGAAGAAAAUGUGUUCGGUGUUCGGAUUUCCAAAUGGCGAUGGUGUUUUUUGUCCGGGUGGUUCGUAUUCCAACAUCCUGGCACUACAUGUUGCUAGGUACAAGUCCAAUCCAGCAUUCAAACAGACGGGCAAUUUCGGGUCGAAGGUCAUGACAAUGUUUACACAUGCAGAUGCACAUUACUCCUUAGCAAAAGGCGCCAGUUUUUUGGGGCUUGGAAUGAACAAUCUCGUCAGAAUCAAUACUGACGACAUUGGACGAAUGUGUCCAGAGGAUCUGGACAAAAAGCUCACAGAACAGAAAUCAAAAGGAACACAACCAAUUUUUGUGAUGGCAACCUGUGGCUCAACAGUUCUUGGGUCGUUUGAUGAUCUGAACGCUGUUGCCGAUGUUUGUCAGAAACACGGCGUCUGGAUGCAUGUCGAUGCGGCCUGGGGAGGAAGUACGAUCCUGUCUGCCAAACACCGUUCACUCAUGAGUGGGGUUAACAGGGCAGACUCCGUUGCAUGGAACCAGCAUAAGAUGAGUGGUGUACCCAUUCAGUGUUCAACUCUUCUGAUGAAAGAAAAAGGACUCCUGGAGCAAUGCAAUUCCUUCCAUGCUGAGUACCUGUUUCAGCCUGACAAAUGUUAUGACACCUCGUAUGAUAUAGGUGACAAGACUAUACAGUGUGGACGGAAGGCGGACGUACUUAAGCUGUGGAUGCAGUGGAAAGCAUAUGGUGACAAGGGUAUGGAGGCCCGAGUGGAUCAUGCCUAUGAAAUGGCAAUGUACCUGACACAGAAGGUUAAAGAAACAGAAGGAUUCCGGCUUGUGCUGCCGGAGUUUCAGUGUACGAAUAUUAGUUUCUGGUAUAUCCCUCCACGACUGAGGGGUAAAGAUGAAAACGAAGACUGGUGGAAAGAGCUGGCUAAGGUGGCGCCACAAAUUAAAACGAAGAUGAUGAUGGAGGGAACCAUGAUGACUGCUUACCAGCCCUUGUCAAGCAAAGGCCUUGUAAAUUUCUUCAGGAUCAUAAUAGAGAACCCGCUUUGCGACAAGACAGGGAUGGACUUCAUCGUCAAUGAGAUUGACAGACUAGGCAGAAAUCUAUAGAGGAAUAGCGCCCGAAGUUUAGUUCAGAUUAAAUAUAUACAUAUCGUACAGAUUUAAUACAGGUCGAAUUUCCAUUAUCAGAAUGGAUUUUUCGUGACAGACAACAGCAUUCUGAACCACAACCUGUUGCCAAGAAACAAUGAUGAACAUCAUAUAUCAGCAUAAACUGUACAGGGAAUAUGUACAAUACAAUGAAGUGCUAGCGUACACUAAACUUUCUAUGACGAAUUUGUGUAAAGUGAACCAUCGAUGUUUUGACUUACCUUUGUAUAUCGCAAACUUAGCAAGUGUAUAGGAAACUGUUUUAUAUUUUGUUCUAGCAGAUUGCCAGUGACACGGAUUGCUAUUGUAAUAGGAUGGAUACGUUUUAUGUUUGUAGACGUUAGUCUAUAUAAAGAUCAAAUACAUAUUAACAACAAAACGUUACGCCUUCAA